CUCCUCCCUCUUGACCCUCUGAACUUCCCUCGCCAACUCCUCCCUCAACAGCCUAGCCAGACUCUCCCCCUCCUCAUCAUCUAGAUCCUCCCUCUGCCCACGCCCAAACAUCACAUAACUCAAAUGAGCCUUUCCCUUCCUUUCCGCCGGCCGAUCAGGCGGCCUCGGAAUAACAUGAAAGUGAACAUGAGGGACCUGCUGCGCCGCCCUGGCACCAUUAUUCUGCACCACAUUCCAAUUCCACAACGAGUCAAAGUCCCCUUGCUCUUCCUCUCCGAAAAGCGUUCGCAUCACGACUCGCGAGAUGAUGGGGAGCCAUUGGCCGAUCUCCCUCCCCACACCGACCCUUACAUCCCCCAACCUCUCACAAUGCUCCCUCGUCGCAACCAAAACAUGUCCCUUCGUCAAAGGCAUAAUAUCCAAAAACGCAAGAACAUGCCUAGUGGACAAGAUGAGGUGUGCAUCGCCAGAGCCUGGAUUGCUCAGCUCGGCGAAUGAUUCCGGGGAAGGAAAGUCAGUAGUGGGCGCCGCCGCAGCCGCUAAAUUUAGAUGAUCAUCGUGGCUGGAAUUCUUCGGGCGGAAGAAUGUCGUUGGUGGGAGGGGCGGGUAUUUGUGAGCGAUGGCGCAGAAGGGGCAUGAUUGGUGAUGAUCUGAGGUCAUUUCCAAGAGUUGCUGGGUAAGAUGGAUGGAUAUCUGGGGUAAGUGACUGGGGUUGGAAAGUGAGGGUUGGGAUUGGUGGUUAGUCGUGAAGUGACUGGGUCCGUUCCUAGGAGCAACGGGGACUAAAUAUGCGUCCGUGCUUUAUAGCUAGGAGGGAAGAGAAUUUGAUCGUCGCCGGGGGUAUUUUGAGUCGGAAUUCAAGGCUUUGGUUGCUGUGCAGAUGGAUAAGG